CCCUAAAGUUGCAACAUCAGUUUGCCGGCUCAGAUUAGUUUUUGCUGUCGCAAGCUAAAGUUGAAAUUGCAGCAUACACAUAUAUACAAAGAUACAUACAUAUAUUUAUAUGUUUGUAUAAACGCUGAAGCGCAGUCUAAACAAUGAAAAGCGCAAAUCAUUGCGUGCUCUUAACUAUCGCAGCUGCUGUCUGCAUUGUUGUUGUUGCUGCCUCUGAGGAUCGUCCCUAUAGGCGGAGCUUUGUGAAUCCGUAUCCACGCUUCCAGUUCUACAGCGAUGGCGUGGACCCUGGAGAGCCGCUCUUCCUGACGCCCUUGAUUGAGAAUGCAUCGCUGCCCAAGGAGGAAGUCAAGAAAUUGGCACGCGUUUCGGGUUCUCAGUUUCAUGGAGUUGAGAGCUAUUCGGGUUAUUUGACCGUUGACAAGGGCUACAAUUCGAAUAUGUUUUUCUGGUAUUUCCCAUCGGAAACUGAUCCCGACUAUGCACCAGUUGUAUUGUGGCUACAGGGCGGACCAGGUGCGUCCUCCCUCUUCGGUCUGUUCACAGAGAAUGGUCCACUGCAGCUGGACGGUCAGGGGAAACUGCAGAAGAGAAACUACACCUGGAGCAAGACACACAACUUGAUCUAUAUUGAUAAUCCGGUGGGCACUGGUUUUAGCUUCACGGACAAUGACAAGGGCUACGCAACGAAUGAAAAGGACGUGGGACGCAAUUUGCAUGAGGCAAUGAUGCAGCUAUACGAGCUGUUUGGCUGGAGCAAUUCCUCGGGCUUUUGGGUUACUGGCGAAUCCUAUGCAGGCAAAUAUGUGCCUGCUCUGGCUUAUCACAUUCACAAGGUGCAGAAUGCUAUAGAAACACGCGUCUAUAUACCGCUCAAGGGUGUGGCCAUUGGCAAUGGUUUGUCCGAUCCAAUACAUCAACUGAAAUACGGCGAUUAUCUCUAUCAGCUGGGAUUGAUUGAUGACAACGGCUUAAACCAGUUCCAUGGGGCCGAAAAGAAGGGCGCUGAAUGCAUUGAGAAGCGGGAUAUGGAGUGUGCCUUUGAUAUCUUUGAUUCCCUCAUCAACGGCGACAUGACAAACGGUUCCAUCUUUAGCAAUCUGACGGGUUACAGCUGGUACUACAAUUAUCUAAACACGCAUCCCGAUGCCGCUGAUGCCAAGAUGGGUGAAUUCUUGCAGUCGGGCGUCACUCGUCGCGCCAUCCAUGUGGGCAACAAGACGUUCCAUGACCUGGACAAGGAGAACAAAGUUGAGAAUUUCUUGAAGAAGGAUGUUAUGGACACUGUGGCGCCUUGGAUUGCUGAACUGCUGAACUUCUACACCGUGUGCAUCUACAGUGGUCAACUGGAUAUUAUUGUUGCCUAUCCAUUGACCCGCAAUUAUCUAAAGCAUCUCAAGUUCCCGGGCUCCGAUCAAUAUAAGAUUGCACCUCGUGAAAUCUGGAAGGUUGAUGGCGAGGUGGCUGGUUACGUCAAGCAUGCUCGACAUUUGGUUGAGAUAAUGAUCCGUAAUGCUGGACACAUGGCUCCACAUGAUCAGCCCAAAUGGCUCUACGAGAUGAUAAAUCAUCUGACUCAUUACAAACACUAAAUGCUUAUCAAAUAUACAAUUGCAGCUAAAGAAAAGAGCUUUAGAUAUUAGCAAAUACUAGUAUAUUUGUUAAACACUCAUUUACGAUUGAUUAUAUUAUAUUUAAGUUGGAAAUCUGUAAUUGAAAUAAAUUGGCUGUUAAAGGGUUUAU